AUGCUGGUUGCAGAAGCACUGCUCAAGGGAGAAUGGAUCACAUCUCCCAGAAGACCACGUGAGGCACACACCUUCUUCGUGCGGUCUGCAUUCUUCUUCAUCUUCAGUUUCCGAGCGUUCUUUCCCUCCGCCACAGGGACGAGCGGCGUGCAGGUCCAUAGCGUGUUGGUGCCACAGCCUGGGAUCUCCGGCAGGGACGCGCAGCUGGAGUGCCGUUGGGCAGCUGGCACGAAGGGCUUCUACUCCGUCAGGUGGUACAAGGACGGCGAGCAAUUCUACAUUACAGUCCGCGAGAACCUCCGCAGCCUGAGAAAGUGGACCAUAAUUUACCCGGCGUCAGUUGUUUGUGAGUAUUUUAUUAUCUUCACCCUUUCUGCUCUUCCCUUCGACCUCCUCUCGCCGGCGGACGGUGACCCUCAGCUGUCGACCUCGGACGAGAACGUGGUGACCCUGAGGAAGAUUGACCUGUCUUCGGAGGGAACUUACCGAUGCGAGGUCAUGUCCGAGGCGCCGACCUUCGAGACCUCGUUCGGGUCGGCCAACCUCACCGUAGUGCACAUGCCACAGAACCCCCAAAUAACGGGGCUGCAGAUUAAGUAUACCGAAGGAGACAAACUACGGAUCAACUGCACAGUGAGAGACUCUCGCCCUGCUGCCGUCAUCUCCUUUCGGGUCAACGGGAGAGAAGUGCAUCCGGAUUCCGGUCGAGUGAUAGAACUACCCAUGGGCGGGGGCGGCGAUGACCCCUACGCCCUCUACACCACGAGCAGUCAGCUGACCUUGCCCUUGGGGAAGAACUACCUCAACGGCAUCUCGAUCGAGUGUGAGGGGAAAGUGCUCAACCUCGCCGUCAAGAAAUCGGUGUUCGCUGCCGUGGUGCGACAGAGCUCGACCUUCUCCUUCUUCAACGCUGGCGCUCCCCGUGUCAACCCACCGACUAUGAUCCUGGUUCUCGUCUCAGCUGCUCUCACACACCUGCUGAACACCUGAUGAACCUGCUGGUCACCUGUGAUUACCCGGGGGACGUUGGAAUGAAAGGGGAAGAGGGAAAAAUAAUAGAUAAAGAAGAAAAAUUGAAAAGAGAAAGAGAGGGGGAAGGG